AUGAAACUGGGUGAUCUCAUGAAGGCCAGCAACAAUUUCCACAAAGACAAUAUCAUUGGGUCAGGAAGAACUGGAACUAUGUACAAGGCAGUGCUCGACGAUGGCACCCCACUUAUGGUCAAGAGGUUGCAGGAAUCUCAACACUCUGAGAAAGAGUUUCUGUCUGAGAUGGCUACUUUGGGGAAUAUAGAACACCGUAACUUGGUUCCUCUUUUAGGAUUUUGCGUGGCGAAGAAGGAAAGGCUUUUAGUCUAUAAGUACAUGCCUAAUGGUACCCUCCACGAUCAGCUACAUCCUAUGGAUGCUGAUGGUGCGAAGAUUAUGGAGUGGCCAACUAGGCUUAAAAUUGGGAUAGGGGCAGCCAGAGGAUUAGCGUGGCUCCACCAUAACUGCAAUCCUCGAAUUAUCCACCGAAACAUAAGCUCCAAAUGCAUCUUACUGGAUGCAGAUUUCGAGCCGAAAAUAUCUGAAUUUGGCCUUGCUAGGCUCAUGAAUCCAAUUGAUACGCAUUUGAGUACUUUUGUGAAUGGGGAGUUCGGGGAUCUGGGUUAUGUUGCUCCUGAGUAUGCACGAACUCUACUUGCCACUCCAAAGGGGGAUGUUUACAGCUUUGGAACUGUUCUUCUUGAGUUGGUGACUGGUGAGAGAGCUACCCAUAUUGCUAAAGCUCCUGAAGACUUCAAAGGAAAUUUGGUGGAAUGGAUUAUGCAGCUGUCAAGCCAAUCUCAACUCCAGGAUGCGCUCGACAAAUCUUUGGUUGGGAAGGGUGUGAAUGAGGAGCUUUUCCAGUUUCUUAAAGUUGCAUGUAAUUGUGUGGUGCUUACUCCCAAGGAGAGGCCUACUAUGUUUGAAGUAUACCAGCUUCUAAGGGCCAUUGGGGAGAAAUAUAACUUCACAGUCGACGAUGAGAUAAUGAUGCCUACAGACAUCGGUGAUGGUGACGGCAGAGGGGAACUUAUUGUUGCUCGAGAGAUGAAGGAGAUGAACUGA